AUGCUUGGACGAAACGUUGUGCAAGCCAGCCGGCACCUAUCCUCCACGCGCUACCUGAACAAGCAGGUCCAGAAUGUGACGAUUAUUGGCGCCGGGCUGAUGGGCUCCGGAAUUGCGCAGGUCUCGGCGCAAGCGAAGAUUAAUGUCUACCUUGUCGACCAGAAAGAGGCGGCCCUCCAGAAAGCCCAGAAGGGAAUCGAAUCUUCGCUUUCCCGGGUGGCCAAGAAGAAAUUUGCCGACGACGCCGAGGGACAGAAAAAAUUCGUGGGCAACGCCACCCAGUUCAUCAAGACCACUACGGAUGUCGAGGAGGCUGUGAAAAACGCUGAUUUGGUCAUUGAAGCUAUUGUGGAAAAUAUCGAUGUCAAGCGGGAUCUUUUCGCGCAGUUGGAGAAGAAUGCCAAGAGCGACGCUAUCCUGACGACAAACACCUCCUCCCUGAAGCUUUCCGACAUUGGCUUGAACUUGAAGAACAAGAAAAACUUUGGAGGGCUGCAUUUCUUCAACCCGGUGCCGAUGAUGAAGCUGUUGGAGGUUGUCCGACACGCCGAUACUUCGGACGAGACUUUCCAGACGCUCAACGAGUACGGAAAAGCCAUCGGAAAGACGACUGUGGCUUGCAAGGAUACCCCCGGAUUCAUUGUCAACCGUCUUCUCGUCCCCUACAUGUUUGAAGCUUUGCGGAUGUACGAGCGUGGGGAUGCUUCGAUGGAGGAUAUUGAUGUUGCCAUGAAACUCGGCGCCGGCUAUCCCAUGGGACCGUUCGAGCUCACCGACUAUGUCGGACUCGACACCUCGAAAUUUAUCAUGGACGGCUGGCACAAGGCGUACCCGGAUGAGCCGCUCUUCAAGCCCAGCAAAUUCUUGACGCAGAAGGUGGCCGACGGGAAAUUCGGGCGCAAAUCCGGCGAAGGCUUUUACAAUUCCCGCAGCUUCAAUAGGCAAAUUAAAAAUGUGACGGUGAUCGGUGCUGGGAUUAUGGGCUCCGGCAUUGCCCAGGUCUCAGCGCAGGCACAAAUUAAUGUUUUCCUGAAGAAGUUUGCUGACGACGCCGCUGGACAGAAAAAAUUCGUCAGCGAUGUCAGCCAGUACAUCAAGACGACCACCGACUUGAAGAAGGGCGUGAGGGAUGCUGAUUUGGUGAUCGAGGCAAUCGUAGAAAACCUGGACGUCAAGAGGGCGCUGCUUGCGCAGCUCGAAAAGGAUGCAAAAAGCGACGCAAUUUUGACCUCAAAUACUUCGUCACUGAAGCUCUCCGAUAUCGGGUUGAACUUGAAGAACAAGAAAAACUUUGGUGGGCUACACUUCUUCAACCCGGUGCCGAUGAUGAAGUUGUUGGAGGUGGUAAAACACAGUGAUACCUCGGACGACACAUUCAACAAAUUGAACGAGUACGGAAAAGCCAUCGGAAAGACGACUGUGGCUUGCAAGGAUACUCCCGGCUUUAUCGUGAACCGGCUUCUUGUACCUUACAUGUUUGAAGCAUUGCGAAUGUACGAGCGUGGCGACGCCUCAAUGGAGGAUAUUGAUAUUGCCAUGAAGCUUGGUGCUGGCUAUCCGAUGGGACCGUUUGAGCUCUCUGAUUAUGGUGGCCUGGACACCGCAAAGUUUAUUUCUGACGGUUGGCACAAAGCGUACCCCGACGAGCCCCUGUUCCGGCCCAGCAGACUGCUCGAAGAAAAAGUUUCACAAGGAAAACUAGGACGAAAAUCGGGCGAGGGCUUCUAUAAACACAAA